GGUUCUGUAGAAGUCAAGGUCUCCAGGCCGACGCGCUGUCAGAUUUCCCGCCCUGGGCACGUGACCAAGCCGCUUCUGUCCCUCUAGUUUGCCUUCCACACGUGCACCGUUGCCCCCGCCCUUCGGGGACAUCUGGCCCAUAGGCACCCUGGAUAGGGGUGGGGACGGCACAGUGGGCGGGGCUGCCGAGAGACGCGGUCGGACACCAAACACUCCUGUAGGCCUGGAAUUGGCAGUAGUGUCCCCGGCAGCUAGCCAGAGGGGGGUACGGCGGAGACGGCGUGCGUGCCUUGCGUGAGUGCGUGGUGGCGCGCGUGCGCGAGUGCUUGCAGCCUCGGACGGCGUUCACUUAUUGCCAUGGUGACCGUGGGCAACUAUUGCGAGGCCGAAGGGCCGGUGGGUCCCACCUGGGCACAGAACGGCCUGAGUCCUUGCUUCUUCUUCACGCUCCUGCCCUCCACGCUGAUGGCCCUGGGGGCUUUGGCCUUGGUGCUGGGUCUUCCCUGCAAGCAUCGAGAGCAGCCAGUCGGCGCUGACCCGCUGCCUUUGGGGGCAGGCCCGCGUGUCGCUUCCUAUGUGCUGCAGCUUCUCUUGGCCUCACUGCAGGUGGCACUGCCCUUAGCCCGCCUGGCUGGCCGGGUGGGCACUGCUCGGGGGACUCCGCUGCCAGGCUACUUACUGCUGGCCUCGGUACUGGAGAGUCUGGCCAGCGCCUGUGGUCUGUGGCUGCUCAUGGUGGAACGGAGCCAGGCACGACAGAAUCUGGCAAUGGGCGUCUGGAUCAAGCUCAAGCACAGCCCAGGUCUUCUGCUUUUCUGGACUGUGGCGUUUACAGCCGAGAACUUGGCCCUGGUGUCUUGGAACAGCCCACAGUGGUGGUGGAAAAGGGAGGACUUGGGCCAGCAGGUUCAGUUUAGCCUGUGGGUGCUGCGUUAUGUGGUCUCUGGUGGGCUCUUUAUCCUGGGUCUCUGGGCCCCUGGACUUCGUCCCCACCCCUACACCUUGAAGAUUUAUGAAGAGGAACAAGAUGUAGAAAGGAGCCAGGUUCACUCAACAGAGCAAGGGUCUACCUGGAGAGACCUUGGCAGGAAGCUCCGCCUACUGAGUGGCUACCUGUGGCCUCGGGGGAGUCCAGCUCUGCAGCUGGUUGUGCUCAUCUGCCUGGGGCUCAUGGGGUUGGACCGGGCACUCAACGUGUUGGUGCCCAUCUUCUAUAGGGACAUUGUGAACUUGCUGACUGAGAAGGAACCUUGGAGCUCCCUGGCCUGGACUGUUACCACUUAUGUCUUCCUCAAGUUCCUACAGGGGGGUGGCACUGGCAGCACAGGCUUCGUGAGCAACCUGCGCACGUUCCUGUGGAUCCGGGUGCAGCAGUUCACUUCACGGCAUGUGGAGCUGCGCCUCUUCUCCCACCUGCACGAGCUCUCACUGCGCUGGCACCUGGGGCGCCGCACAGGGGAGGUGCUUCGGAUCGUGGACCGGGGCACGUCCAGUGUCACAGGGCUGCUGAGCUACCUGGUGUUCAAUAUCAUCCCCACGCUGGCCGAUAUCAUCAUUGGCAUCAUCUACUUCAGCAUGUUCUUCAAUGCCUGGUUUGGCCUCAUUGUGUUCCUGUGCAUGAGUCUUUACCUCAUCCUGACCAUUGUGGUCACUGAGUGGAGAGCCAAGUUUCGCCGGGCUAUGAACACACAGGAGAAUGCUACCCGAGCACGAGCAGUGGACUCUCUGCUAAACUUUGAGACGGUGAAGUAUUACAACGCUGAGGGUUAUGAAGUGGACCGCUAUCAAGAGGCCAUCAUCAAAUAUCAGGGUUUGGAGUGGAAGUCAACUGCUUCACUGGUUGUACUAAAUCAGACCCAGAAUCUGGUGAUUGGACUCGGGCUCCUUGCUGGGUCUCUGCUUUGUGCAUACUUUGUCACUGAGCAGAAGCUACAGGUCGGGGACUUUGUGCUCUUCGGCACCUACAUAAUCCAGCUGUACAUGCCUCUCAACUGGUUUGGUACCUACUAUAGGAUGAUCCAGACCAAUUUCAUUGACAUGGAGAACAUGUUUGACUUGCUGAGAGAGGAGAUAGAAGUGAAGGACCUUCCUGGAGCAGGGCCUCUUCACUUUCAGAAGGGCCAGAUUGAAUUUGAAAAUGUGCAUUUUAGCUACACUGAUGGACGGGAGACCCUGCAGGAUGUUUCUUUCACUGUGAUGCCUGGACAGACACUGGCACUGGUGGGCCCAUCUGGGGCAGGGAAGAGCACAAUUUUACGUCUGCUGUUUCGCUUCUAUGACAUCAGCUCUGGCUGUAUCCGAAUAGAUGGGCAAGACAUUUCACAGGUGACUCAGACCUCUCUCCGGUCUCAUAUCGGAGUCGUGCCCCAGGACACUGUCCUCUUCAAUGACACCAUUGCCAACAAUAUCCGUUAUGGCCGUGUCACAGCUGACAAUGAUGAGGUUGAAGCUGCUGCUCAAGCUGCAGGCAUCCAUGACACCAUUAUGGCUUUCCCUGAAGGCUAUGAGACACAGGUGGGCGAGCGGGGACUGAAGUUGAGUGGUGGGGAGAAACAGCGUGUCGCCAUUGCUCGCACCAUUCUCAAGGCUCCAAACAUCAUUCUGCUGGAUGAAGCAACAUCUGCACUGGAUACAUCUAAUGAGAGGGCCAUCCAGGCAUCUUUAGCCAAAGUCUGUGCUAAGCGCACCACCAUCGUUGUUGCACACAGGCUCUCAACUGUGGUCAACGCUGACCAGAUCCUUGUCAUUAAGGACGGCUGCAUUGUGGAGAGAGGACAGCAUGAGGCUCUUUUGUACCGAGGUGGAGUGUAUGCUGGUAUGUGGCAGCUGCAGCAGCAGGGACAGGAAGAAGUCUCUGAAGACAUUCAGCCCCAGAACAUGGCCCGGUGACAAAAGUUAUGGAUACUUCCUUCUCAAAGCUAAUUCAGAGGGGAAUAAAAUAUAUACCUUUUCCCUGGUUUAAUUCAUUUGGGUCUUGGGGUUUGGUGCUAGCUACAGUGAGGGAAGAAACCCUUCAGAAGAGCCCUGUCUGAGAAAAUAAAAGUGUGGACUGUG